UCCUUUGGAUCCGGCUGAGAAUUGAACUGUUAGUGGACUUUUUAGCAAUCCCAUGGCAGCCGGUUCUACGUAACGGAUUGGCCCGAUGGAGUCUUUCAUUGGCAAAGGCUACCGCCUUCAGUAUACAACACACUGCUAGAACAACAACAACCACAUAGUGCACGACGCCAGUGAAUGACACGCGGUUUAAACCCCCAAUUUUUGCCAAUGGCUCUCUUGCAUGUGUAGGGGGCAAGAGUUGCCUUUUUUGCUCUUUCAAAAAUGUUGAAUUUGCAGUUCAAUGACUACAUAAGGCCGCCGUAGCGCAGAGGAUAUCAUGUCCGCCUAUGACCCCGAACGCCUGGCCUGAGCAUUAGAGAAAUUUUCAACAGUGGUUAUCUCCUCCUUAUGCAGGUGACAUUUGUGAGGCACUAUGCUAUGCAUAGAAGCCAUGUUAAAACUUAAUGAAAAGGCCAUUAUAGACAGUACGCAAACGUGCAAUGACUAAAACCGAACUGAGUCAAAAUGGACGUGUGUAAGCUGAACGACCAACAACCGACCAAAUGAACGUACCAACAAACAAUCAAUUCAACAAAUAUGGAUACUUCUUACCUGUGCAUCAACCCGUCACUGGCAACCUUACGAAUUCAAUAUAAGGCGGAGCUACACACAAUCGAGAGUGAGAGAUAUCGAUAUCCGUAGCUUAUGGCUUAGGAGGUGUGAAAGAGAGACAUAGCAACUAAGAAAAGGCUAAAACUUAUGACCAACAAGUGGGCAUUGGGCUUGUGAAUGAUGGUUUUGCGGAGAUGAAGGAAAAACGACAACUUUUGUGAUGGCUGAACAAAUUAACACCGAUCAUUAGCUCCGGAGUACGCAAACGGGUGUGAACGCGCUAUUUGACGAAACGUAUAUUGGAAAUUAAAAAAAAAAAGAAAAUAAAUUUCUGACAUAUAACAAAUUCUAAGAUUUCUUGAAACUAAAAUUCAGAAAUAUAUUCCUUAUAUGCUUGCAGCAUUUAAAGUCCUUCACUGCCUCGCUCACCUCCAACAUCAAUAUUCAAUUAAUUAUCUUCGUUGUUAUGAUUUGGCCUGGGCUCUAAAAAUAAAUUGUCAUUUCCAUAAAUACCAGCAAAUGCGCGAAAAUGAGUGAAAAUACAUUCUACUCACAGGCCCAUUAAGACGCAUGCUAUUUGACAAAUGGAUACUAAUUAAUUACAGUUUGUACAAAAUUUUAGUACAGCUCAAAUCAGCAACUCAACCACCUCCGGCCACUGUCAUCCAACAGCCAGCAGAGAUCAUAAAGUGCGUUACCAAUCACCUCGAGAGCCGUAAAUCCCUAUUAACACUCACACACGCAUGCGCAAACCCUCGCCGCACAUAAAAUUAACAGUAAUUUAACAAUUUAACGCAAAAAAAAAAAAAAAGUGAAAAGUACCCAAUUAUCAUAAUUCGAAGGGGGGAGAUCCUCAAUAAAACACCAGCUAAACGAUCUAAACGAAAAUUAAAACUACCGUAUCUUUUUUGUGUUGUUGUUUUAACACCCCAGACAGUUGACAUUUAAACGGUACCGUUUCCCGCAGCGGUUCAUUGCUGAUAAUUUAAAGUGGCGCGUGACACAUUUGACACGCAAGUGUUAAACGUUUAUUAUAAGAAGUUACCAAAAAAAAAAAACAGAGAGUGAAAACAAAACAAAAUAAAAAUAAAACGAAAAAACAAAACAAAACAAAACAAAACCGUAAUAAUAAAUCAGAAAGUGCAAAAAGUUUCAAUUGUCAAAAUAAAAAUCAUAACGAUUUGCAAACAAUUUUGAAGGAGUUGUGAAAAGCCGUCGCUAAAAAUGCUUUGAAAAGGCCACAAAUUGGCGUAACUGUUUCAUUUUGGUGGCUGGAAAAGGCAAAGAAAAAUUUCAGUAUUCAACUAAAAUACAAAAAGUGUUAAACAUUAUUUUUUGUAACUUACCAAACCAAAGGAAAGGAAAUUAUUUUUACACAUAACUAUCUAUUUGGAAUAUCGACAAACUUUACAAACAAAUAACAUGCAAGACAUGUCAACCUCGCACAUUCUCUCAGCUGUGGAUCCUCAUACCAACGGCACCCAUUCUCCUCAACAUUUACACACCGAUGGCAUGGUCAACAAUAAUCACAAUGCGAUGGGCAAUCGCGGCAGUCCCAAUGCCUUGGAACGCAAUUUACAUGUAUCUCUGGAUGAUCGGGAAUUGUGGCUGCGUUUUCAAAAUCUUACCAAUGAAAUGAUUGUUACCAAAAAUGGACGGCGCAUGUUUCCGGUGGUUAAGAUCAGCGCCUCGGGAUUGGAUCCAGCCGCCAUGUAUACAGUGCUUUUGGAAUUCGUGCAAGUGGACACACACCGCUGGAAAUACGUCAAUGGAGAAUGGGUUCCUGGAGGCAAGGCUGAAGUGCCGCCCUCUAAUCCCAUAUAUGUGCAUCCCGAAUCGCCCAAUUUCGGUGCCCAUUGGAUGAAGGAGCCCAUUUCAUUUGCCAAAGUUAAGCUGACCAACAAAACCAAUGGCAAUGGUCAGAUUAUGUUGAAUUCCCUGCAUAAGUAUGAGCCCCGGGUCCAUUUGGUGCGAGUAGGUUCGGAACAGCGCCAUGUGGUGACCUAUCCAUUUCCGGAAACGCAAUUCAUAGCUGUGACCGCCUAUCAAAAUGAGGAGGUGACUUCAUUGAAAAUAAAAUACAAUCCCUUUGCCAAAGCCUUUUUGGAUGCCAAGGAGCGCCCCGAUACUUUGUAUUCGCAUGAUGCCCACUAUGGUUGGCUUAUACCGCCGCCUACUCACUACACCACCUCACCGGUAAAUCCGAAUGGUUUAAGUGAAUCUUCUUUGGUUUCGAGCAAUUGUGAUCGCUAUGGAAGGGCUUUGCCCAGCCGAGCAACCCCAUCCCAAAGAUCUACACCUUAUAGUCGACCACGCAUUGUCUCGGGUUCUGCUUCGAAUGGCAGCACUGGCAAUGCCUCACCACCACAACCACCCUCGGCGCCUCAGACUCCCACAAGUUUGCAGUCUUCAUCAACGGCCACCCUGGGCACCUCAGCCACGUCGAGUGGCUUUUCAAGUUCCUAUUCCCAAUCGGGAUUCAUGCCAGUCGAACCUACCUCCAGUGCCACGGUCUUCUCCUAUCCAGGCACUUGGCAAACGAACACCAACUAUUGGAGUUCCACAGCAGUACCAGGACCAAUGCCGGUCAACACGGCCAGAGCUAUGAGUUCCCACAACUCUCCCUCUCCCACCAAUAAUGGUUCACCCACCUAUACGACACCCUCUCCCGGCUAUACCAUACACCAUUUGACACCUCACACGCAUACUCAUCAUCAGUACAACAUGCCUCAGACAGCGGCAGCCCAUACAGCCGAUAUGUAUCAAAGUGUCUCACCCACCACUCAAUCAUAUGCACCCACCCAUCAAGUCUACCAUCCCACACCCACCUCGCCCUCAUCCCAUCAGCUGUAUUCGAAUGUUCUAAAUGGACCAAGUGCUCUGUCCUAUCCCACCUCCUCAUGGCACAAUGGCUCGGCGGCCGACUACGGACUCUACCAAAACCCAGCAGCAGCCUAUGCCUACCAAACCGAAUACAUACCUCUGGUCUCAGAAAUUGGUUUAGUUACCAAUGAUUCUUUUCUUCAUUAUCAACAAUCCAGCAGUUAUGUCCCUCCCGCAUUGGAACCCGUAGAAGUCACCAAGACCCUGGAUAAUACUUCGCACUCUGCUUUGUACAGAGCCACGGAGGAGCCCACCACCGUUUUGACGCUGGAAUGCAAUAGUCUGAAGGCAGACUCUCACCCACUCUCAUCACAUGUUGUGGAGAAUUCAGUUAAAAUGGAAUCUCUGAAUGCCGCUGCAAAUGGUGGCGGUGGCCAUAUGAGAGCUGCUUCGGUUGAUGCUGCCACGGCAUCAGCAGUGGUUACAGCACCAGUGCCUAGUGCCGAUAACUCGGCUAAUUGGACGCCCCUCACUCCCCCCCAAAGUGCCUUGCAAUAGACCAACAAUAACCUUAACUUUAGUGUAAGCCAACCAUGUAUAGUAAGAAUUAAGCCAUUAGAUGCAAUUUUUAUCAUUCCCUGUAUUUGGAAUGAAGUACAGUUUUAAUAGAAAUUUAGUGUCCUGCUUCCGGGCAUAUCCCCCAUCUCUGUCUGAGCAUAAACUUGUUUAAAAUAUUUUAGCUAGCUUUUAGUUUUUUUUUUUUUUUUUUUUUAAUUUAGUUUAGCUCGUUAUAUUAAGAAAAUAAAAAUUUUUGUUUCAAAUUUUGAAAAAAACCCAUUAAAUUGCAUUUGUAGA